CUCACUUGACGCUGUUAGCUAAACUUGAGAAUGGACCCGAGGAGAAGAAAUCCCGUUAGUUAGUAGCGGAGAAACGGUGACCGUCCAUGCCUUGUCUACAAACAUAAACAGGCUGAAAAAGUUAUUGACAGCAAUGUCGAGAGAAAACACCACUCGGAGUUUAGACAGUAUAGACCUGGCUGCUUUAAGAGAUCCAGCAGGCAUCUUUGAGCUGGUGGAGGUGGUUGGCAACGGAACAUACGGUCAGGUGUACAAGGGUCGCCAUGUCAAGACAGGCCAGCUGGCAGCUAUCAAGGUCAUGGAAGUCACAGAGGAAGAAGAAGAGGAGAUAAAGCUGGAGAUCAACAUGUUGAAGAGUUAUUCCCACCAUAGAAACAUUGCUACUUAUUAUGGUGCUUUUAUUAAACAAGGUCCUGCUGGACAGGACCACCAGCUCUGGCUUGUGAUGGAGUACUGUGGAGCCGGCUCAGUUACAGACUUGGUCAAGAAGACCAAGGGAAACUGUUUUAAAGAGGACUGGAUCGCGUACAUCUGCCGAGAAGUGCUGAGGGGUCUUUCCCAUCUUCACUCCCAUCAUGUGAUUCACAGAGAUAUUAAAGGACAAAACGUUUUGCUCACAGAAAACGCCGAAGUCAAACUGGUUGACUUUGGAGUGUCUGCUCAACUGGACAGGACCAUCGGUCGAAGGAACACCUUCAUCGGUACUCCCUAUUGGAUGGCUCCCGAGGUCAUCGCAUGUGACGAGAACCCUGAGGCAACAUAUGACUACAGGAGUGACCUGUGGUCCUUAGGCAUCACUGCUUUAGAGAUGGCUGAAGGAUCCCCUCCUCUGUGUGACAUGCACCCGAUGAGAGCACUGUUUCUAAUUCCACGAAACCCUCCACCCAAACUAAAAUCAAAGAAAUGGUCGAAGCGUUUCUUAUCAUUCGUUGAUAACUGUCUGGUCAAGAACCAUCUGCAUCGACCCACCACUGAUGCUCUGCUGAGACACGCUUUCAUCAGAGACCUGGCUAAUGAGAAACAAGUUCGAACCAUGCUCAAAGAUCACCUAGACAGAACCAAAAAGAAGAGAGAGAAAGAGGGUCCAGAGUAUGAGUACAGUGGCAGUGAAGAAGAUGAGGAUGAGGUGACAGAGGAGGAAGGUGAACCCAGUUCCAUAGUGAAUGUUCCUGGUGAGUGGACGUUGAGGCGGGAGUUUCUUCGUUUGCAGACAGAAGAUCGUGAUGGAGACAGAGAGGGAGGCCACAGAGGAGGUGGGGGUCAACAAAGACAACAGGCAUUACAGCAACACAGGCAGCAGUUGGCAGAGCAGGAACGAUAUAAGCAGCAGUUAGUGGCUGACAGACAGAAGAGGAUCCAGCAACAACAUGAGCAGCGGCAAAAGUUGGAGGAUCAACAGAGGCGGCAGCGGACUGAUGGUGCCUUGCAGUGGGCGGAGCUUCAAGAGGUAUUGCUCGGGGAGGAGUCUGAUGUCCAUGACAACAGAAUCCUACUGGAUGAAAGAAGCAGGCAUGCUGACAGGAGACAGGACCCGGCAGGCAGACAGCGGAGUGCCAACAUAUCAGUAAGGCCUCUGGACUCCACAGCAGAGCAGAGAGCUGUGGCUCCAAGCCAGCUGAUUCAGCAUAAGGCUCAGUACCCCCAGCGUCAGCUGCAGCUACAGGCCAAGCCCCAGCCUCUGUCCCAGCAUCAGCCGCCCUCAGCGGGCAGGAGAUCUCACCGCACUCUGCCUAAGGACCAAACCCAGCUCCUUUCGCUGCAGCAUGAUCACAGGCACCGGGAGAGAGAGAGGCAGUGGCAGAGGGAAAACCCUGUGGCAGCUGUCCACAAGCUAACAGCUAGUAGUGGGAAAACUGCUGCUGCUGCUGGUUCCUCACCCAGCCGCCCUGCAGACAGCCAGUGCUCAGUGAUGGACUUCCAGGAAUCGAACCUAGCCAGGCUGCUUUUGACUGCUGGUCUUCCCGGCCAGAUGCAUUCGAGGCUGGGUUCUGGGAGCAGCUCUAGUCCUUGUACCCCUGCCUUGCAGAGAGCUCACAUCAGCCAGAAUGCCAAUCUACGCUCUAGUCGAGAUGCCCCUCACAGCAGUUCUAUGUCAGAUAUGGCCACUUCCCCCUUGUCCCCCAUAUCCCCCUUUUCCCCGCUGUCCACAACUGAUGAUGUCUUCUGGGGCUCAGUCGAGGCACCGCCUAAAGUCCCAGAACGCACGACCUCUAAGUUUUACUGUAGAGAACUGGUGAUGGGACACAAGAGGGCGGCUUCAAGUGGCAGUCCGGUGUCUGUAACAGAUAAGUGUGGACUCUCUGUGUCCUAUGGAGACUCCUCUACAAACAAAAACCACCGAGGUUACUUCAAGCUGGAGAGCCCUCUUCUGGAGCACCGCCUACAGCAGCAGAGGAAGAUGCAAGAAAAUGUAACCAGUGGACAUAUACAAGGUGUAAAGUCUGGUCUCAGCCGGCUUCACAAAGCCACCAACUACUCUUCUUCCAGUGAUGAGAUUGGUAGCAGUGAUGAUGAAGAGAGGAGCAGGUCUGGCCUGUCCAAUGGAAAAGCAAAAUACAGAGGAAUACCUGAUGGCAUCGUCCUGCACCACAAUCUUAACCAGAUUUUUCAUUUGGGUUCAGACAAUACCUCCCUGCUACCAGACCUUGUGCAGAAGACAUCUUCCUGCAGUCCUACCCAUAAUGCUAUGGGUCAGCAGCAGCGAACACACAAACUCAACUUCUCGCAAUUGCCCACUGCCCCUCAAUCCCCAACACAUCAUGAAAUACACGCUGUCAGCAGUCCCACCGGUAAAAACACCUCCACAUCUUCUUCUUCCUCCUUCUUGUCCUUCAUCGAUCCAAGAUUAAUCCCCAUAUCAUCACCACCGCAGAGCCCUACGGGCAGUAAGGGUGAGCCAUUCAAGAGAGAGAACCACAGGAAAGGAUCUGUGGUGAACGUGAACCCAACCAACAUUCGACCACAGAGCGACACUCCAGAGAUCCGCAAGUACAAGAAGAAAUUCAACACUGAGGUUCUCUGUGCUGGACUGUGGGGUGUGAAUCUAUUGGUGGGGACGGAGAAUGGUCUGUGGCUGCUGGACCGAAGUGGUCAGGGGAAAGUGUAUUCACUCAUCAGCAGACGAAGGUUUCAGCAGAUGGAUGUGCUGGAGGGACUCAAUGUACUCCUCACUAUAUCAGGCAAAAAGAACAAGCUCCGUCUGUACUAUCUGUCCUGGUUAAGAAAUAAAAUCCUUCAUAAUGACCCAGAGGUGGAGAAGAGACAGGGUUGGACCUCAGUAGGUGACCUGGAGGGCUGUGUACACUAUAAAGUGGUGCGCUACGAGAAGAUCAAGUUCUUAGUGAUUGCUUUGAAGAAUGCUGUGGAGGUGUAUGCCUGGGCUCCAAAACCCUACCACAAAUUCAUGGCGUUCAAGUCAUUCAGGUCUCUGCCUCAAAAACCACUGUCUGUUGACCUGACAGUGGAGGAAGGUCAAAGGUUGAAGGUCAUCUAUGGCUCCUUGUCUGGUUUUCAUGCCAUUGAUGUCGACUCUGGAACACCUUUUGACCUCUAUCUUCCUACACAUAUCCAGGGUUCCAUCCGUCCCCAUGCCAUUAUCAUUUUGCCAAACAGCGCAGGAACAGAGGUUCUGGUUUGCUACGAAGACGAGGGCGUCUACAUUGACACCUAUGGCCGCAUCACCAAGGAUACGGUGCUGCAGUGGGGAGAGAUGCCUGCAUCAGUCGCCUACCUCCAGUCUAACCAGUUGAUGGGCUGGGGAGAAAAGGCCAUUGAACUGAGGUCUGCCAACACAGGGAAUCUGGAGGGGGUUUUUAUGCACAAAAAGGCCCAGAAACUCAAGUUUCUUUGUGAAAGGAAUGACAAGGUGUUUUUCGCCUCAGUGCAGUCAGGAGGCAGCAGUCAGAUUUACUUUAUGACUCUUGGACAGAACUCACUGUUCAGCUGGUAAUGACUGGACCUGUGAACUCUGGGACUGACUGGUGGUGUCCAUCUUCAUCAUUCUGGGUUCGUCUGGCGAUGCCUUUGUGCUGAUUAUUGCUGAUUUCCAUGAGCAGUGGACAUCAUGCAGGAAUCGGUUAACUACUCCUGGAUCCAUUACUCUAGUCUCGUCUAGUUUCAAUGUAAAUGCACCUGGAUGCACAGUUGGCUUGAUCACAACUUCUGCUGCAGCGGAAAUGUUUGAAUCCAUCACUCUAUCCUUGACUACUGAUGCCUGGAAUGCAGCUGCAGCAGAAUUAAAAUCAGAACCUAAUAUUUGGUGAAAACAAGCCUUAAGCUUUGUUCACAUUACCUGCUGAAGUAUAAAUCAGAUUUUUUCAGAUCAAAUCUGGGCCACUUAACUACGUGGUCCUAGAUCCAAUUCAUAUUCCAUCUCUGGCUAUGUAAACGCUGUCAGAACGGUCAGAUCAGAGCCCAUGUGGUCUCACUCCUCUGUGCAUGCGCGUAUCGCCUGUUGUCACCAGAUCACUGGUCAGUGUCUGACCUCAAGAUUCCAUUCCUCUGUUUUUGUGUCAGCACUGGAGACUGCAACUGUCCGUUCAGUACAUCUCACAUUCAGCCCCACCUCUCCUGGAUCAUCUAACUGUUUUUUCUUUUUAAAAAAUAGAACCAUAUUGCUUCACUUACUCAGCUUAACUGUGUGUGUGUAUCACUUUUUCACUCAUAUUUGCUUUAACACCGCCCGGCUGUGGUGUGUUACUGGAUCAAGAGCUUCCUUUUCAGCUGGACGAGAGGAGGCAUGUUGCCAAUUUCUGGUGUUUAGUCUGCUCCAUCUUCAUCCA